CUCAUUGUAUAACAUGAGUCGAGAACUAGUGGUCACUACUCCAUCAGUAGGAUAUUUUGGUUAAUUGUCUACUAGUUUUCGUAUUAGAAAAAAAAAGUGAUAAACGGUUUUCGCAUAUUAAUUAAUAGUUAUUUGCCCUCACGAUGGGGAACCACUCAAGAUAACAAGCUAGAAUUACUUUACAGUCUGUGAUUCGAAUGAACAAACCUUUAAUAGUCUUACAAGACAAGGAACUCCUCGGAAUAUAAGCUGUUUGUGAGGUGCAACGUCUUUCAGUGCAAUGGCUACGAUUAGUGCCAAAAACCCGGAAUGGGAUCUGAGCAAAAGCAAAUUUCCCGAAACUGAUGACCUACCACUGAUGAAAACUUUAGGGCCAGUUCUGAUCAUACUAGCCGUCUACCUAGUGUUCGUCCUAAGACUGGGCCCAGCGUUCAUGAGAAAACGGGAGGCAUACAAACUGACAAACACACUUCUCAUUUACAAUAUCGUGCAAGUGGUGUUAUCCGCGUAUAUGGUGCAAUUAUAUUUCAGAGACCUAAUAUUUACCGGUUUGGUUCCUAAAAAAUGCUACAUGGCCCAGGACGAUUCACGAAAACAGAUAAUAGACCACACGUAUCUAUACUUCGCCGCCAAAAUAACUGAGCUAUUAGACACAGUUUUCUUCGUUCUUCGCAAGAAAAACAACCAAAUAACGUUCCUCCACUUAUACCAUCAUACAGUGAUGGUUAUCGGAACUUUUUGUAUGUUGAAAUACUCACCGUCGCAUACACUGCUCUUUAUUGGAUUUAUAAAUUCUUUGGUGCACGUCUUUAUGUACACGUAUUACGGGUUAGCAGCUUUGGGGCCUCACGUCGCUAAGUAUCUUACGUGGAAGAAGUAUAUGACUACAUUCCAACUGGUACAGUUCGUGUCAAUAAUCAUUCAAUACAUAUUAGCUGUAAGGACAUCUGACUGUCCACCUUCCUUAGGUAUCGCAACGUUCAUAUCCUGCAAUACGGCGUUUUUCCUUAUUUUAUUCUUCAACUUUUACAGGAAGAGCUAUAAAAAAUCAAUCAGUGGAAAACCUGUAGAUAGUAUAAAAGAGGGUGUUACAGCGCCUGUGGAAAACGAUCAAAAAAAUAAAUUGCAAUAGCUUUUAAGAAUACAGUUAAGAAAAAACAGUGAAAACUGAGUGCCCUCCCUGUAUAACAGUAAUGAAUACUACGAGUACGUCAAUCUUGUGGACGUAUUGUUAAAUUUAGUUAAAUAAAAAUUACAAAGUAUGGCCUAUACAAAGCAGUUAUCCGGCAUUAUGUAAAAAAUGUCUUAACUGUACUAAAUAAUACUACUAAUAAUAAGUAACCAAUUCAAAUCAACAUCUUAAUUAAUUGCGGCUUCUUGUAGUAUGAAGUAGGUACUAUAUAAAUUCCAUUUGUUAUUUCUAUUAUUCUUUGUGAAAGUUUGUUUAUAAGAAUAACACAUUUAAUUGUAACUUAAUAUAUAUAUUUUAUAUUGUAAAUAGUAGUACAAAUAAUUUGUAAUAAGCAUAGUGUAGAAGACUUUUUUAUU